GAUGGCCUCGGUGGGUCCCUCUGCAGCCUCCACGCAACCCGCCCUGCCCUCGGGACCCGCCGUCUUCAAAACCAUCCCCUACGCCUUCAUCCUGCCGGAGAUUCUCUGCGGGACCUGGGUGUGGAUCCUCGUCGCUGCUACCUCCGUCUCCUUGCCGCUGCUGCAGGGAUGGGUGAUGUACGUGUCCCUCACCUCCUGGCUCAUCUCCCUGCUGCUCCUCUUAAGCUACCUCCUCGGCUAUCACAGGAACAGCGAGAACUGGAAAGUGCUGGACAGUUUGUACCACGGUGCCACGGCCAUUCUGUACAUGAGCGCCGCAGUCCUGCAGGCCAACGCGACCAUCAACUCUGAGUUGGACAUCAACGGGCCGCUCAACUACCAACUCAACAGCGCUGCAUCGUUCUUCGCCUUCCUCACGACCUUCCUGUACAUCCUCCACGCCUUCAGCAUCUACUACCAGUGAUCCUGGCAGCACUGGAUUCACCUUUGCAGGACAAGGGCUUUCCCAGUGUGAGGGACCCUGCUGUCUUCCCAAGGUGUCCCUGCCCCAGCCCUGUCACCAGGCCUCAGGAACAGCAGGUCCUUUUGUACUUCAUCACAGGAGGGAUGUGCUGGCACACGUUGGUGUGCCUGUGGGACAUUUCCUGCCUUGCCUGGGGGCUACGCAAGGGGAGGGAGGGGCGCAGGCCCCAAGCCUCCAACUCUGACAUUCUGCCAAAUAUUGACAACCAAGGGAAGGGAGGAAAAAAAAAAGAUCUCUCUUCUUUCAGCAAACAAUCUCCUUUCUUAUGUUAUUUGCCUUUCUCCAGUUCAGCUCCAUCCCUCCCCAACACAAAUUCUUAACAAUGAUACAAGAUUUUGUUCCUUGACUUUCUGUUGGUUUCAUUUGGUAAAUGCUGUAUUUGGAAUAAAGUGUCAACUGACA